AAAGAAAAAAAAUAUUAAUCCAUAAAUCGAAUCUCAUCUCCCUCUCUUUCUCAAAUCGUCGUUACUAUCCUCUUGCCUCUCUCCCUCUUUGUCUGUGUAUCUCUAUAUAUUGUGUCGGGAGCUAUUAUUAUAAUUUUUACAAUUAUUUUUAAAUUGAGGAAGAGAAGGAAGAGUGACGUAGAGAUGAGGCGUAUUUGAGAUUCAAAUGGUAUUGGCAGGAGGACGACGAGCUCAGGAUUCAAAUGCUUGGAUCUGCUGGUGGUGGGCUCCAGCUUGUACAAGUUGGAACAGAAGAGAUUUCUAGUUCAGUAUUUAGUUGUCUGAGCAUUAGUUCUGUAUUGAGAAGAGAUUUUAUGGGGUAAGGAAUUGGAUUGGGAGGCCGAAAUGGUUUUACAUCCAAAAUAUUUAAGAACAUGGAAGAGACGCGAGAUGACAUGGGGCCAACAGAACAAGGGCCUUCUAAUGCUCUGUGGUGGGGUUCUGAUUUUAUGGAGAAAUUUGGAUCUGUUUCUUUGCUUUCACAAGAAGAUUGUUUGAGUAAUAAGGAAUCACUUAGAAAUUAUGAGGAAGAUGCUUUAUCUUCACAGACUGCAUCACAAAUUCUUUGGAGCACUGGGAUGCUUUUUGAACGAAUUCCAAAUGGUUUUUACUCGGUCAUGCCGGAUAAAAGGCUAAAGGAGCUCUUUGAUAGUAUUCCAACUUUAGAUGAGCUUCAUGCAUUGGGUGGUGAGGGUUCCAAGGCUGAUAUCAUUUUUGUAGAUGCAAAAAAGGAUAAAAAAUUAUCUAUGCUCAAGCAACUGACUGUGGCACUAGUGAAAGGAUUAAACUCAUAUCCAGCUGCAAUGAUAAAAAAGAUUGCUGGAUUGGUAUCUGACUUUUAUAAAAGACCAAAUGUGGAAAGUCCAGCAAAAGCUUCACUGGAGGAAAACUCCCAAAUGUUUGAAAAUCGAGGUGUUCAGUUACUUGGACAAAUAAAGCAUGGGUCUUGCCGUCCUCGAGCAAUCUUGUUUAAAGUUUUAGCUGAUACUGUAGGUCUUGAAAGUAGGCUCAUGGUGGGUUUACCAAAUGAUGGAACCAUUGAGUGUGUAGACUCAUACAAGCACAUGUCUGUGAUAGUUGUGCUGAACUCUGUGGAACUGCUAGUUGAUCUUAUGCGGUUUCCUGGUAAGUUAAUGCCCAGGUCAACCAGGGCAAUUUUUAUGACCCAUAUUUCAGCUGCGGGGGAGAGUGAUUCUGCAGAAAAUGAUUCCUGUGAUUCACCUCUUGAACCAAACAGUCCUUUGUAUGGCUUUUCGGAGAGAUUGGAUCCUGACAGUGCUGAAAAAGAUGAGAGCCUUCAGUUGCAUAGGAAGUUAGAAUCAGCUGCAAAUGUUUCAGGUCCUGCAUUGCGAAAUAUGAUGUUGCGUUCUGCUACCUCUAUUGACAGGAAAAUGAACAUAAUGUGGGAUGUUCCUGUUCUUCCUUCCUCUCCCAGCUCAUCACACAGUGAUCCCAAUAUUGCUAAUACCUUUUGGAGACGUAGCCGGAAAAAGGUCAUUGCUGAACAGCGGACUGCUAGUUCAAGUCCAGAGCAUCCUUCAUUUCGAGCGCGUGGACGGUCCAUGUUAAGCGGUGACAGGCACUCAAUUAGUGAUUAUGCUGAUGAUGAAGUUGCAUCAAGCUGCAGGACAGAGGGUGCAUCAACAUCAGAAGCUCGUAGAAUAAGAAGAAGAAGCAUUAGCAUGACCCCAGAGAUAGGCGAUGAUAUCGUAAGGGCUGUGCGUGCAAUGAAUGAAUCUUUGAAGCAAAAUCGGCUUUUAAGGGAGCAGGGUGAUGAUAGGUCAUUUGCAAACUCUCUAGAUGACAAGGACAAUUGCCCAGAUCUCCAGAAAAAUGUAUCUAAUUUUGAUCUUGAUGGUCAUGAUGAAAUAUCUGGUAGAAAGUCUGCCUUAUAUACCCUUCAAAGGGACCACAUAAAUUCCCAAAAAGCUAUAUCGUUGCCAUCAUCUCCACAUGAGUACAGGAGUCAAACAUCAGAAAGAAGGGGGCGUUCUGUUUAUGUGAAUGAUGAAAUGGUUUCAACAUGGAACAAAGUUCUUGAAUCUCCCACGUUCCACAAUCAGCCUCUAUUACCAUUCCAAGAAUGGAAUAUUGAUUUUUCAGAAUUAAAUAUUGGGACUCGUGUUGGCAUUGGGUUUUUUGGGGAAGUUUUCCGUGGCAUAUGGAAUGGAACAGAUGUUGCAAUCAAGGUUUUUCUAGAGCAAGAUCUAACUGCUGAAAACAUGGAGGACUUUUGCAACGAGAUAUCCAUUCUUAGCCGACUUCGACAUCCCAAUGUUAUCUUAUUCUUGGGUGCUUGCAUGAAGCCCCCUCACUUGUCAAUGGUUACUGAAUAUAUGGAGAUGGGGUCGUUGUACUAUUUGAUCCAUAUGAGUGGUCAGAAGAAGAAGCUUAGUUGGCGGAGGAGGCUAAAAAUGUUGCGUGAUAUAUGCAGGGGGUUGAUGUGCAUACAUCGGAUGAAGAUAGUUCACCGAGACCUGAAAAGUGCAAAUUGUCUUGUGAAUAAACAUUGGACUGUUAAGAUAUGUGAUUUUGGGCUCUCAAGAAUAAUGACGGAGACGCCUAUGAGAGACUCCUGUUCUGCAGGAACUCCAGAAUGGAUGGCUCCGGAACUUAUUCGCAAUGAACCCUUCACUGAAAAAUGUGAUAUUUUCAGCCUUGGGGUAAUAAUGUGGGAGCUUUGCACACUGAAUAGACCAUGGGAAGGAGUGCCACCAGAAAGGGUAGUUUAUGCUGUUGCUAACGAGGGAACCCGUUUGGAGAUUACUGACGGUCCACUGGGCAGGUUAAUUUCAGAUUGUUGGGCAGAACCGCAUGAACGGCCAAGCUGUGAAGAUAUAUUCUCCCGGUUGCUCGACUGCGAGUACACGCUCCGCUGAGUUUUUUUUUUUUUUUUUCCUUAUGUAGAGGCUUUGCAAUGUGUUUCGGCUCUGGUGUAAACUGUCUUGAAAGCUUCAGUUUUCGGAUUUCAAUGGAACCAUUGAAUCUUUCUGUGCAAUGGAAAAGGGGAUAAUAAGGCACUUUUU